AUCAUUCCAGCCAGGAAUUAGGCUCAAAAUAUACUCUCUACCGUACCAAUUCAAUUUCCUGAUUUCAUUGUAUCCUAUUAUUGUUGUCCAAAAAGCCAACCACGUACACGAAAGCGGCCAUGGCCGACCCCCUCCUCACAAGCCUCUGCGCAAUCUGCCACAUCGAGCCUCCCAAAUACAAGUGCCCGCGCUGCACCCUCCAGACCUGCUCCCUGACCUGCACGAAGCGCCACAAGUCCUGGUCCCAAUGCAGCGGCAUCCGCGACGCGACGGCCUACGUCCCGCCCUCCAAGCUCAAGACCGCCGCGGGCGUAGACCACGACUUCAACUUCCUCUCGGGCAUCGAGCGCGCCGUCCAGCGCUCCGAAAAGGAGAUUGUCGAAGAGCGGCACCUCUUGAAGCCCGAGGACCUGAGGCCGGUCGAGGUGCGCAGCGUGCAGUGGAAGACGGGCCGCGAUGGGCGCAAGAAGAGGGUCAUGGUCACCGAGGUCCUGAGGGGAGACAACGGCGGCGGCCCGGGGGGCGCGCGGUACGAGGCGCUCUCGAGCAUACCCUUCAAGAAGAGGCUGGCGACGUUUGGAAUCCUGCUGAAGCGUGCGCCGGUGGGCAUGGCCAGACAGAGGGAGAACGGGACCAACUUCAGCAAAGCCUCUGCUAGGAUCAACUGGCAAGUGGAGUGGCUGCUCGUUCCAUCCGCGGACAAUACAAAAACACCGCAAUCACAACAGCAGGAGAGCGAAGGGGAUGCCAAUACGACCGCAACGAAGAGGAUACUAGCCAAGACGCUCGACGACGUGCCACUCUACAAGGCCUUCGUCGCGGGCCAGAAGUCGUUCAACGACGAGCAGGCCAGGAAGGAACAGCAACGCCAGCAGCCACAAGACGACGACGACGAGGUCCAGGAAGCCAACACCACCCACACCGGUGGCACUGGCCGAAACAAGAAGCGCCGCAAAACCCAACACAAACCGGGCCAGUCCCUCGCCACAGCCCAAGACACGGAGACGGGCGCCUGGCACCCCGGCCGGUUCUUCAUGCAGUCCUCUCCGCGUGGCACCUGGAUCUCCCACACCGGCGUCCAACCCUUCACGGGCACAACGGAGGAGGAAGAGGCGCAGAAGAGCAGGUACACGUUCUACGUCGCGGGCACGACCUCGGCGGCGACGGCAGCAACAGGCAAGACGAUCGUCCACCCCGUAGAGGCGACGACGCUCCUCGGCGAAGCCCUGCGCGACCUCACGGUCCCCGAGUUUCCUACACUCUACGUCGUCGAAGCUGGCGCGGCCCUACCGGCGACGUUGCUCCCGGAACCGAAGCCAAUGCACCUCGCCCCUAAACGGAAACACGAGAGCAACGGCAGGAAGGCAGGCGGCGGAGGCGGCAAGGCCAAGAGACCUCGCAAGAACCUGGAGGAUGGUGAGCUGCCGAGUGACGGGGACGACAGUGAUGGUGAUCUUGCCGACGCCGACGUUGAUAGGUUCGCGGCUGCUGUAGACCAGAUCAUCGCCGAACAAAGUCUGGGUGAGGAAGACGAUGACGGCACGACGAGCAGCUCUGGGUCGGAUUCGGAAAGCGACGAAGUGGUCAGCGCCAGCCUCGCUGCCAAGUUGGCAUUGUUGAAGAAUAGACCGAUGUGAGAUAAGAUUGGCCUUUGUACAAUACCACCUUAUAUAGAAGAUCAUGAUACCCUCGAGGCCCUGCAUACAGCCUUUGUACAUUAUAACGGUCAACACAGAAACAAGACUUGCGUGAUCGUCUAC